GUCUCCCCAGAGACCACGGGCAUCGCUUCCAGCCCGUCCAUCGAGCUCUCAGCACACGCGGCGCUCAAGGCGAAGGGCCACCACAUCAAGGCCACCAGCUCCGCCGUCGACCCUGGCAUCGACGCUGCAGGCGCCGAGCGGAGAACGACGGCGAAGGCGGCCAAGAGAGCAGGCAAAGCGCAGCGCAGGACCGACCGCACCAUCGGCAAGAUCCGCAGAGCACGCCUCCCUCGCCAAGAUCGCCAAGGGCCUUUCAACAACGGGCUCGCGACCCGUGAGCACCUGCGGCCACCAGCUCGUGGGCCUCGCGCCGGCCUCGAUCCUACUCAGCGCAGAGAAGGCAGUUCGGGCGAGUGCUGCACGAGGAAGCGGCUGCAGGAGGCGGGGCACGACGACAGCACCAUCUGCCCCAGGUGCGGUGGAGCGGAAGAGUCUCUCGUGCGCCGCGCCUGGCUGUGCAAGUGCAACCGCGACCAUGAGGAUUACGACAUGUCUGACGACCUGUUGCCCUCCGCCCUGGCUGGGGCGGAGUCCCAGCCCGCGUACUGGCUCCGUGGCGUGCCCGCCCGU